AUGGAAUACUUUAAAAGCAGCUUGAAGUCCGUCUUGGGUUCUGCGUCUGUGGAGAACGAGCCAUCGGGUGCUGACACGGUAUUUCGAAUUUCCCAACUUGUCUUAUGUUUUCACUUUCUUUUCCUUCCUGUGCCGCAACACAUGGUAGCCGUGCAACAAUGACACUGUUUAUAUUAGAGAAAUAAGAAUUAAAUCCCGUCUAACAUGUUGCAAUACAUUUUUGUUUAAAUAUGUUUGUGUCUUUCACGUCGCUUCGUUUCUGUACUCGCAUUCUCAUUAGUAUUAUCUACAGGUAGAGCGACUGGUAGACAGAUUACAGUCGUCGACAUUGUUGAACGACAGGCGAGAUGCAUGUCGAGCACUCAAAGCUCUCUCACGCACGUAUCGCGUCGAAGUAGGAGCCCAGGGCAUGGACGCAUUACGACAGAUCUUAGAAAUGGACAGAACUGACUGCGAGAUCAUUGGUUUGGCCCUUGACAUGCUUUGCAACAUAACAAAUCCCAAAACAUUCGACGAGGAAGUGGAUAAACACGGGCCCAACAACAAAGUGGGAGAGCAAUUCACGGAAAUAUUCAUAAAAAAUGCAGAUAGUGUUGGAUUAGUUCUGGCACUUUUGGAAGAAUUUGAAUUCAAAGUCAGGUGGCUGGCGAUAAAGUUACUGAUACAUUUGUCAACUAACAGAUUGAAGGAUAUUCAAGAAAUAAUCUUAGUCAGUCCCAUGGGUGUGUCUAAACUGAUGGAUCUCCUCGGUGAUAGCAGAGAAGUCAUACGUAACGAUGUGUUGUUGCUUCUUAUUCAGUUGACGAAAGGCAAUGCAAAUAUUCAGAAAAUUGUCGCGUUUGAAAAUGCAUUUGACCGCAUUUUCGAUGUCAUCGCACAAGAGGGCAAUGUAGAAGGUGAUAUUGUCGUGGAAGAUUGUUUGUUGUUAAUGUUAAAUCUUCUGAGGGGUAAUAUAAGUAAUCAGAAUUUUUUUAAAGAAGGCAGUUAUAUUCAAAAAUUAACGCCAAUGUUUCAAAUAUCGUCCGAACUUGACGAUAAUCCUCUAAGCACGUGGAGCCCACAGAAGGUAUCGAAUGUUCAUUGUAUGGUUCAAGUGAUUCGAGCAUUAGUGGCCCCGAGUGGACCUGCCCAGGCAGUGUCAAAUUGUCAACGGAUUAUGAGAGCCUGUGGCCUUCUACAAGCUCUUUGUAACAUAUUGAUGGCUAGUGGCGUACCCGCAAAUGUACUGACCGAGACCAUUAAUACAGUGGCCGAGGUUAUUAGGGGAAAUUCCAGUAACCAAGAAUUCUUGGCUGGAGUAAUGGCACCCAGCAAUCCUCCCAGACCAGCGAUCGUUGUCUUACUCAUGUCCAUGGUGAACGAAAAACAAUCGUUCGCUUUGAGAUGUUCCGUUCUCUACUGUUUCCAAUGUUUUUUGUAUAAGAACGAAAUGGGCCAGAGUCAGCUUAUUCAGACUUUGUUACCCCAAGGAAACGAAGUGCCAUCGUUAACGACAGGACAGUUAUUAUGUGGAGGUUUAUUUUCCUCGGAUUCUUUGUCGAAUUGGUUUUCCGCCGUGGCACUGUCCUACGCGUUGAUCGAGGACAACACGCAGAAGGAACAGCUGUUGCGCGUGCUACUCGCAACAAAUAUCGGAAAGCCGCCAGUGACGUUAAUGCAACAGUGCGUCAUGUUGCUGCAACAGGGCAGUAAAGCACAGUGCAAAUUAGGUCUCCUAAUGUUACUUUGCAGAUGGACUGCGCACUGUCUAGCUGCUGUUAAAUCAUUCCUACUUAUCGAUUCGUCUAUAGCUUAUUUAAUAGCUUUAUUGUCGUCGCAGGAGAAUAACGACGAUUUGCAAGAGACAUUGUUGCAAAGCAUGUGCGCCAUGCUUAUUGGAUUGUGCGUGCAUUUCAAUGACAACAGUAUUUCUAAUUACACAAAGGAAAAGCUAUGUGAUUUAAUCGAAAAUAGAAUCGGAUUAGAAAGGUUUCAAGAUGCUAUUGGCGGCCUUGCUAGGCACGAGGUGUACUCUAGAACUUUAAAACAUCCUCAACCUUCAGCAAAGAAUCCUUCGGAACUUUUGCUAGACCAUGAAUUUUGUAGACUGUCGAAAACGUUAGAAGGUGUGAUUAUAAAGUCGGUUCUGGAUGGAAGUAGCUUGCAUCAGAGAAACGAGAUCACGACACCGAUAUUACCAGACUCUGUUUUGAUAACUCAGUAUAAAGAGGUCAUUCGAGAACAAAGUUCUCAGAUUCAAAAGCUAAACCAACUCACGGAAUCACUUGUCAAAGAAAAAAACGAACUUGAAGCGCAAGUGCAUGAUCUUCGAUCAUCGAUCAGUCACUUGAAGGAUCAAAAUUUGGUUUUACGCGCGGCACAGACUAACUUGAUGUCGGAAGAAAGUGAAUCGAACAACGUCACGACCAACGAAGGUUGUACAAAAGAGGCGGAGAAAUACAAAACUGUGAUUACAGAAUUGGAAAUUCGUUUGGUAGAAUACGCUUCGAUGGUAAAGAAGUACGAAACUGACUUUGAACGUAAAUUGAAAGAGAAGUCCGAGGAACUAGAGAAAUUGAAGAAAGAUCAAGAGGAUCUUUUGGAACUUUUAGCAGAAGACGAAAGCAAAAUUAUGCGCUACGAGGAAAAAUUGGCUGCACUAGGUGAGAAGGUACGCGAAAGUGAUAUUCCGUUAAAAUAUUUCCCGUUGAAUAAACCUCGAUGUAAGGUAGUAAUUUUAACAUUUGUUCUUUCCUCUUAGAUCGAGACAGAUGAAAGUUCGAUUGAAUUGGAUACCGACGAUCAAGCAGAAUGCAAUAAUUCCGUCGAACGUAUCGACCGAUUGAUGUCACCUUAA